AUGACAGACCAAUCUGUCACCCUGACAGACCAACUAUACCCGUACACAUUGUUACUGAUUACUUUGAUAUUCUCAUUAUAUUCUUACUUGGAUAGAUCUGAUGGAAUGAACCAAUCAGUUGGAAGUUUCCCGUGGCGAAAUCUGUCUGAAAUGGAGGUUGUGAAGAAGUUCAAUAGUGACGCACUUCCAAACAGAACUGACACACGAACUGCAGACGAAAUGUGUAGCAAUUACUCAGAUUAUCAAUGUAUACCACCUCUGAGAAUAUUCGAGGCUAAGUUUCGAGUUAGGAUAGCACCGAAGUACAAAAUCUCUACAUGCCUGAUUCAAAAGUGCAUGUCAACUGUGAUGCAAGCGAUUUUCUGCUUUCUCUCAGAUGAGGACGGCUUUCGUCAGAGCGGAAGGAAAUUCUUCAGUGAAAGUCAGCACAUGAGAUCUUGUGCAAAUCACUUCAAAGCACCAUCGAUGCAAAACCUUCUAUGGCGUAUAUACGAGCAUAAUGAGGAUGGCUGGAUGCACACUAUGGUCAUUCGCGAUCCUGUAGAUCGUUUUCUAUCGGGAUUCAUUGAUAAAUGCAUCAGGGAUCAUCUACCAGGGGAGUAUUGUAAUGGUUGCGAGGCAAAUAUGACAUGCUUCAUAAUCAAGGAAUAUGAGAGGAUGGUAAUAGAGGUGAAAAAGGAUCGAUUUUCGAAGACUCUUGAAGAUCAACAUUUCUUCCCUCAGAACUGGCACUGCCAGCUGUACUAUUACCCGCAUCGCGUAUUUAUUCGUUAUUCUUCAAAUGCUACAGACACAAUGCUCGACGAUCUUUUCAACGUUUUCAGGAUACAAAAGGUCAAAAAUACUACUCUGGACUUUCUACGUCGUGAACUUACUUCAAGCCGAACAUCACAUAGCACAAUACAGUCUGAUGCCAGGAAAUUUCUUGAAGAACGACGUGGUUUUGAGUUGAAAGCUACGUUCGUCAGCGAUGAUGUAGCAAGCGAACUAUUACGAAGAACCGCUAAUGAAACUUUUGAAGCAAGGAGUUGCUGCUCAUUUGUCGAUAUACCUGCACCUCAUGAGCGUAUCUCUGCAGUACUUGGAUACAUGCAAAAUCCACUCUACUUUAUGCCUGAGGGUGAGAAGAUGGUUCGCAAAGAAUUUACAUUCUUGGAGGCUGUGCAGAACGAGGCUCUAAAUUUUAUGAGAAGCAUAUCUGCACGAAGAGCCCUGCAACGAGCAGCGCCCCUUAUGAAGAGUGGCAAUCCUGGUGAUGAAGCUUUGGAGAUAGAUCCUGAUGCCUGAACCUUCUUUUACUGUCCCGGUCAGCAUCGUGAAGUAGAUAUGACAAUACUGACAAAUUGUGAUGCACUCAUUCUCUCUACUGGAACAUUCUCAUGGUGGAGUGGAUUCUUGAACAACAAAGCAGCAACGGUGAUUUACUAUGAUGGAUGGCCUCGACCAGGAUCUGAUCUCGAAAAGAUGGUGAACAAAUCGGAGUUCUUCCCCAGGACUUGGAUCCCAAUGUCCUAA